AGAUGUACUCCUCUACUUCCUGUUUUGUUUUUCUUUCGCUCCAUGUCUGCUCGGGUCGGGUCGAUAUGGAACAAUUUGCGAGUCGAGGAGACAUCCACAGCCUGCCCGUGAAGAAACGCGGUCUUGUCAAACACUGUUGGACCUUAUAAACCAAACAGAAGCAGCGGGCAGCAGUAACACCUGCCGCGGGACUUCCGACACCCUCACUCCGCCUCUGGUGUCCGCGACAAUGGCACUCAGCUCGGGCGGCUGGGCUUCUCAAGCCCCGGUUCCUGCUUCGUCCCAGCAGGCUGUAUGCGGCGGGCCUAUGCUUGCGGCAUGCUGCAGCACUGUUUUAAUGUCAGUCCGGGUUUCGGUGUGCCAUUCCGGGAUCCGGCCCCUUUGCCUCCCCGGAGCAGGAAGCGAGGCUUUGCGCCUACAGCUCAGCAUGGACCCGAACCGGGCCGGAGAGUUCCGACUGGCGCUGCGAGAUACGAGCGGAAACCGCAGUGUGUUCAUAGCGGAGUUUGACCUGCGCUCGGUGCAGUAUGAGGUCAAAUCCCCUCGCUGCCAUGAGAUGCGCCUUGCUGCUCCGCCCCACGACUGCAUCCGCUUCAACUUCCGCUGUGACCGUGAAGCUGAGGAGUGGGCCACAGUGGUGAUGUCAUCACUAACAGAGGCACAUAGAGUUGCAAAUAUUGACACAUGUGAAUCAGAUGGCAGACACAACCACACAGAAGCAACCAUGGAGCAGUGGAGCUCAGCCUCGCUGCCGCUCACUGAGGAGCUAUGCUUGGAGCUUGCCAGGGCGAUUGAAGCAGGUGACACUCAAGCCGCAUCACAGCACGCGUCUGCUCUGGCUCGGCAUAAAGCAGUGCUCACAAUUCAACUGUCUGAAAAGAACUACGCAGACGGAGAGAUCAGUUUGUCUGUGGUAGUGGAGGAUGUUUCGUCGUCCUGUUGUGUCACAGUGAAAGUCUUUCCUUACAUGACUGUGGCCGCACUCAAGCAACAGGUGUUUCUGGAGUACGGCUUCCAUCCUCGCGUACAGCGCUGGGUGAUUGGUCAGUGUUUGUGCACCGAGCCAAGGUCACUGGCCUCCUACGGGGUGCAGAAAGACGGCGACACGGCGUACCUCUACCUGAUCUCUGCACGACAAGCCCGCAUUACUCGCCAGCUGUUCCAGCAGGACCUGGAGAGCGCCCUCCUCGCCCCACCUCUCCCCCCAGGCAACGGCCCCACCUCCCAGGACUGGAGGGGUUACAGCACCCUGCCCUCGAGGCUUCCUCACAACAACCAGGGGAGCACAGGUGGAGGAAGCGAUAGACCAGGUGACAUCAAAGAUGUCCUCGACAUUGAGCAUCUACAGCUGAAUGAUCAUACCAACAAAGCCAGUAAAACACAGCAGACAGAGUGGGCUUGUCCCUCAUGCACUUUCAUCAACAAGCCGUCCCGUCCAGGGUGCGAAAUCUGCGCCACGGCCAGACCUGACACACACAUCCAGCAGGAGAAAGGAAGGAGAGAGGAUCGAGGGGAGUCUGGUUUAAGCAGCAGCAGCUGACUGCCCAUCAUCGGUCGCCAUAUCGCACUCACUCACACACACAUACACGCACACAUGGAGUGAGGAUGCUAAAUCUGCAACGUACAUGUUGACAAAAUACUCACACAAAGACUGUCAAAUGCACUGAGAGUCCUCUGACAGCUGGUUGGCUGCUGAAGACUGCAGCGUUUGAAGCACUGUAGCAUGACACAGAGCUGCACAGGUCAAGGCUCAGAACUGCAAACGGAGAGCGUCAGCUUUGACCAGUUAGAUGGACAUAACCAUGACCUCUGAAUUUGGCCUGACCUACUUUGUUAUUUAUUUUACAGGGUGUGUAAACAACACAGAGGGCUUUAUAUUUAAUUUAGGGGAGAGAGACAUGAUGCGUGCUCUUUGCAUUUGCAGCAGAAGAUGAAGAAACGUUCAGUUUCUGCCAACUGUGAAGUGAGGGGAAAGGUGACGCCUUGUGCAGAACCCUGUUCUUUUUUGUUAGUGUGUCAUCUGUUGGUGCCAUAAACAAUGUUGGAAGCCAUGGCUGAGAAGGUGCGUCACGUUUACAGGGUUUGUCAAGUGCUUUUAUUUUUUUACAACAUUGUAUUAAGUGUAUUAUUUUUAACAAGAUGCAUUGAGUAAUUGAUGUACAUUUUAGCAGUUGAUCUAAUUUUACUCAAUUCUCUCUGAGCUGUGGCAGCAAUGGAAUGAUCAGUUUUAGUACAUAAUACUGUAAAAACUCGCAUUAGCUGAAUAAACAUAACGGCACUAAACAAA